AUGUCGAGUGUCAUAUUCAAGCCAAAAGUCCUGACACAAGUUUUAUCAUCAGCCAAUUCAGAUGGUGUCCUAUGCACAUUACUGUUGAGUGGGGAUGGCAGCUUAAUGGCCUACACUGGGUAUGACAGCAAAAAUGCUCGAGACAUAGCUGCCAUUGCAAACAACAUCUGGAUGCAUCUUAGCAAGAAUUUGAAAUUCACUAGUGAUCUAGACGAAUUGGAUUCUGUGCUUAUCAAUUGCCAGGAAGGCAAUGUAAUUGUCUCAAGAGUAGCAAACUUCUUACUGUGUUCUUACUCUAAUAAAGAUGUUGAACUGGGACUACUCAGAUCCAAAGCACAGGCACUUGUCAGUUUUCUACAAGAACCAAUGAAAAGUGUAGUAGCGGCGACAUCUUGA